CCCUCCUUUCCUCUCCCCUUCUAUUCUUCCCUCCUCAAUCUUCUCUCUCUCCGCUAAACUGAACUUCUUCAUCAACGAAGAUAAGCCAGCCUUCAACAUGAAUUUUCACUCAAAAUCAUACCCCCUAACAACACCCUGGCCACGCUCUUGUCACCAACAGUACUAUACUACGCGACGGUGAUUCUGGAUUUUGAUUCCUGUCCUCUCGUUUCCUCAGCCAUGGGGCAGUGUUUGUCAAUCAUACCUGGCGACACGCACUGUUGCGUUGCCAAGCAAGGUACCAGACUGUCGGGUCCCAGCUAUUCCUUUUUCAUCCACAGCAAGAAGACUGAGAAUGAAUCAGACGAAAAGAAAAAAGAAAAAGAAAAAGAAAAUCGCGCUCGACCAGUCUUGCUAUUGGGGAAACCAGCGGUCCCAUUCAAUAAUUAUGAUGCAGGCGCUGCUGAUGCUCGUCGUUCUCCAGCAGUCCUGGGUGGAACAGGCCAUCCUACCUCUUUCCCCCCUCUCCCUUCCCUUCCCCCCGUCUAUCGACUGGGGUUGAUUCCGUUUCCCUCUUUUUCCCCCUCCUCUGGCUCAAGCGCCGCCGGCUGCCGUUUGUGCUCCUCUUCCCCUCUAUCCGCUGUCAAGUGCGUGUCGGGUCCUCAUUACCGUCGAUUCCUUUUAGACAAACUACCACACCUCAGGACGGUGUUUUCCGAUGUCAAUCGCUUCAUGCAUUACUCUUCCCCACCCACACCUCUUAUAUUUUGUUCUUUUUAGCCCAGGGUAAAAGAGGUGACUGGCAACUUGGCCUGAUCACAUCCAUCCGGCGCUAAUUUAUUGUGCAUAAUAUCUAAUUGUCGCGCCUAUAUGGAUGCUGCAGACCAGAGGCUGCAGUCCACUUGGUUCGGCCCUACCCAGCUAGGCCUUGCACACCCCCUUCGCGUGAAGUCCCUCCUCGCCCAUGCAACGAUGUCUCCUCAAGUCUGCCUUGCCUGACGGGGCGUUGGUCUUCUUGCUUCUAUCUCACUCUUCUGUGCCCCAUGCGGCGGAUGCUGUACUCCAAUUGUCAUAUGGCAAU